CUACCAUCACACACACAACACAUAGGUGCACUUCAAUGGAUAUAUAGAUAGCCUGGAUUACCAAUUAUGCUACUACGAUUUCUUUUAAUAUUCCAUUGUUUUCUUUGUUUUUUAAUAGGAGUCAAAAGCCGAGGUCAUUCUCAGGCAUUAAAACUCUCCAGCUACAAAGUAGUCAUUCCACAGCUAGUCCAUGAACGAUGGAGAAGAGAUGCCAACCACAGUGGAGCAUCAAAUGAAGAGUUGAAAUAUGAGAGACUCACAUAUUCCCUAAGCAUCGAGGACAAAGAUCACUUUCUUCAUCUGAGGAAAAACAGAGACUUUUUAGCAAAGACCUUUGUGCAGUAUUCUCAUGAUGCCAAUGGUAAUCUGGUGACCUCAUAUCCUAAAGUGCCAGGGCAUUGUCACUAUCAUGGACACGUGGAAGGGCGUGAAGACUCCCUGGUGGCUCUCAGCACCUGCUCAGGCCUCAGGGGUGUCAUUAUUAUUGGGAAUCAGACUUAUGGACUUGAACCAGCUGCACGGUCUACAAUCAAUGAGCACCUCUUGUUUCAACUUAAGGACAGCCAGUAUGAGCCCUUUGUGUGUGGAGUGACCAAUGAGAUCUCUCGCUCCAAUCAUCAUACCUCCCAUGACCCCGCCCUUUCGAUGACCAAGCUUUUCCGGAAGAAACGCAAUUUACCGCAGACCAGAUAUGUCGAGUUGGUGCUGGUCGUGGACAAGCAGAGGUUUGAUUACAAGAAGGGCAACGUCACAGCAGUGCGGGAGGAGAUGGUGGACCUGGCCAAUCUACUGAACGGGUACUACAAACAGCUGAACAUCCACGUCAUCCUUGUGGGGCUGGAGAUCUUUCAGACGGAGAACCCCUUCAACGUGGAUGGCUCGGCAGGCGAUGUGCUGGGGAACUUUGUCAAGUGGCGGAAGAAGGACCUGAUUCCCCGUAUCAGGCAUGACGUGGGGCAGCUCAUCGUGGGGCGGUCAUCUGCUUAUCCAGGAGGAAUUCUGGGAAUGGCUUUUGUGGGCACGGUGUGUUCUGUGGCUAGUGGCGGAGGAAUCAACGUGUUUAAUGGCGACACUCUACAGUACUUUUCCACUGUGGUUGCACAUGAAAUGGGCCACAACCUGGGCAUGAACCAUGAUGACAACCGCUGUACGUGUGAUGGAGGGAGUUGUAUCAUGUCUGCUUCUGCCAGCGGGUCGACACUCUUCAGCACCUGCAGCGGUGACGACUUCGAAACGCUGGUCCUCAGAGGAGGCGGUAUCUGCCUGAAGAACCAGCCGUCCCCCUCGGACGUUGUCACUGUGGCGGAGUGUGGCAACGGCGUGCUGGAGGAGGGAGAGCAGUGUGACUGCGGCAAGCCAGAGGAGUGCAAGGACAAGUGCUGUGACGCGGCCACCUGCAAGUUCACGCCAGGCUCUUCCUGUGCACAGGGGGCCUGCUGCAAGGACUGCAAGAUCAAGGUCGCAGGAACGCCGUGCAGGGGGUCUGUCAACGUCUGCGACCUGCCGGAAUACUGCAACGGGCAGUCCGGCUUCUGCCCUGGCGACUUCUACAUCAUGGACGGGAAACCAUGUGCCAGCAACACUGCUUACUGCUACGAGGGCCGCUGCCAGACGUACGACUUCCAGUGCCAGCAGCUUUUCGGGAGAGGUGCGAAGAAAGCAGAUGAUAUUUGCUUCAGGGAUAUCAAUUCAAGAGGGGACAGGUUUGGGAACUGUGGAGUCCAAGGGUCGAACUAUGUCAAAUGCACACUGGCUAACUCCUUGUGCGGAAAGGUUCAGUGCACUGACGUGGAUGCCAACUAUCCACCGAAAGGCGCCGUAAUCACCGUCCAGGACAUCGGAGGGGUACGGUGUGUGAAUGCAGACUUUGACUUGGGCACAGACGUCCUGGACCCUGCCUAUGUCAACACAGGGAGUGGCUGCGCUACGGGGAAGACUUGCGUUGACUUCCAGUGCAUCAAUGCCUCCGCGCUGGAACAGAACUUGAACUGUAACGCGCAGGAGACCUGUAACGGCAACGGGGUGUGCAAUGACCAGGGCCACUGUCACUGUGACAAUGGUUGGGGCCCGCCCAACUGUGACAGGGCGGGAAGAGGCGGCAGUGUGGACAGCGGCCCCGCCCAGAUAGACCACUCCCUCAGGGAUGGCCUGCUGAUCUUCUUCCUCUUGGUUGUGCCCAUCCUCAUCCUUGUCGCUGUUGUCCUGCUCUACAUGUUCAGGCGAGACUGGGUGAAUAACUUCUUGAAGACCUGUCGCUCCAGGUCGCGCAACGCAACCAGCACUCAAGCAAAUGGUGCCACCCAGAGAAGUGCUGUACCACAGUCCCAAGCUCAGAACCGUUCCAGGACGCCUCAGCCUCCUCCUUCAUACCCAGGGGUCACCUCCGGGCUUCCCCCAAGCUAUGAAGAAAUAAACUAUGGCAACAUGCAAGAUGACAUACCCGAAACCUAUAAGCCUGCACCCCAGCAAGGACCAGGUGUUCCCAAACCCAUUCCUGCCAAGCAAGCCCUGUCUGUCCCCACUCCUUAACACUGACCUUGUGCACCAAUGAGACAGCCUCGUUUCAUUGACAUCCAGACUCCAACACAGGCCUUUUUAUUUAAACUUUUCUCACUCACUGUACAUGAAGAGCAGCAACUUUGCACACUUGUUCUGAUCUUGUAUGGAAUGUAAAGGUGUAUUUUUUCAGGAAUCUCUUUUUUUGUGUUGUUCAUUGGAAAGUUAAAGGACACCACUCAGUUCAACAAUAUUUUUUUAUAUCUCAUUGUGAAUUAUUUGGUUUGGAAAUGAUUAAUUGGUAAUGGAACUGAACUGGAUAAAAAUGAUAAGACACAUCUGUUUUUUUCUUCAAAUAUAAAAAGUUUAACAGUAUGUUGAAGGAAAAAUCACAUGGAUAUAUGCUACAUUUAUGACAGCUGGGGAUGGA